AUGGACGACUCUUUGUGGGAGCGCGUGCCUCUGCUAGUUCGAGUCUUCACGGCAGGCUCGGCCUUCGUUCUCUGUUGCGCUGGCGUCGUCAACGUCGCCUUGCCCGUCUGCUACACAACUGGCGUCGUCGGUCUCGCUCUCGUCUGCGCCGGAGUCGUCGCGCUGCUCUGCGAAUUCUCUCCGUACGGCCUGAACGUCCUGAUGGGCGUCUGUCCUCUCCUCGGCGAGUACUUCUUUCGGGGCGUCGUCUACCUCCUCGAGUGCCCGCCUGCGCCGAGCCCCUACGACGGACUUCACUGA